GAGUGUCGCGGCCGGAGCGCCCCGGCGGGAGCCCCGCGGCGCGGGAGGAUGAGCGCCCCGGUGGAGCCCAGGAUCAAACAGGCGCUGCGGAAGAAGCCCGCGGAGCGCACCCCCGAGGACUUAAAUACUAUCUAUUCUUUCCUUCAUGGACUGGACAUACUCUCGCAUUUCAGGGAGCAUCAGCUGAGAAUAAUGUCAUCGAGUGCCCGCUAUGAGAGGUACAAGGGCAACCAAGUCCUCUUUUGCUCAGAAACUAUUGCAAGAUGCUGGUAUAUCCUACUUUCUGGAUCCGUGCUCAUGAAGGAUUCCAUGUUUUUACCACCUUGCAGUUUUGGCAAGCAGUCUGGAGGAAAGCGAGGAUGCGAAUGUAUCAUAUUGGAGCCUUCAGAAAUGAUUGUGGUGGAGAACUCCAAAGACAAUGAGGAAAACAUCUUGCAAAGAGAGGUCCCUCUGCGGCAGUCCCGCCGGAGGUACAGGAAGAUCAACCAGCGGGGCGAGCGCCAGACCAUCACGGACAACGUGGACAGCAGCAGCUACGUGUCGCUCCCAGCUGACCUUACCAAGAUGCACCUCACGGACAAUCCCCACCCUCAGGUGACACACGUGCCCUCCAGCCAGUCUGGCUGUAGCAUUGCCAGUGACUCUGGGAGCAGCAGCCUGUCUGACAUUUAUCAGGCCACAGAAAGUGAGAUGGGAGAUGUUGAUUUAACGGGUCUUCCAGAAGCACCUGUAGACUCUGAAGAUGAAGAAGAGGAGGAGGAUGAAGACAUUGACAGAACUUCUGAUCCACUUCUAGGGCGAGAUGUUGUCCGAGAGUGCCUUGAGAAAGAGCCUGCAGAUAAAACUGAUGAUGACAUUGAGCAAUUAUUGGAAUUUAUGCAUCAACUCCCUGCCUUUGCAAACAUGACCAUGUCUGUGAGAAGAGAGCUUUGCUCAGUGAUGAUCUUUGAAGUGGUGGAGCAAGCAGGAGCCAUCAUCCUCGAGGAUGGCCAGGAGCUCGACUCUUGGUAUGUUAUUUUAAAUGGCACAGUGGAAAUCAGCUAUCCUGAUGGGAAGAGUGAGAGUCUCUGUAUGGGAAAUAGCUUUGGGAUUACUCCCUCUCUGGACAAACAGUACAUGAAUGGAGUGGUCAGAACCAAAGUAGAUGAUUGUCAGUUUGUGUGUAUAGCCCAGCAAGACUACUGGAGGAUUCUGAACCAUGUGGAAAAAAACACUCAUAAAGUGGAGGAAGAGGGAGAAAUUGUGAUGGUAAAGGAGCACAGGGAGCUGGAUCGCAGUGGAACCAGGAAAGGCCACAUAGUUAUCAAGGCAACACCUGAGAGACUCAUCAUGCACUUAAUAGAAGAACAUUCUAUUGUGGAUCCCACCUACAUCGAAGAUUUCCUUUUAACAUACAGAACAUUUCUAACAAGCCCCUUGGAAGUUGGAAAUAAACUCUUGGAAUGGUUCACAGUGGACAGUCUCAGGGACAAGGUUACCAGAGUGGUCUUACUGUGGGUGAACAAUCAUUUUAAUGACUUUGAAGGAGAUCCUGCCAUGACUCGAUUCCUGGAAGAAUUUGAAAAGAACUUGGAAGAUACGAAGAUGAAAGGCCAUCUCAGAUUGUUGAAUAUUGCCUGUGCUGCCAAAGCAAAAUGGAGACAAAUCACGCUGCAAAAACCUUCCAGAGAUUCCCCCCUGUUUUUCAGCCUCCUCGGGGGCAGUGACAAGGGCUUUGGUAUUUUUGUAGAGACUGUGGAGAUGGGCAGUAAAGCAGCAGAGGCUGGACUCAAGCGUGGUGAUCAGAUAAUGGAAGUAAACGGACAGAACUUUGAGAACAUCACCUUUGUGAAAGCCCUGGAAAUCUUAAGGAACAACACACAUCUCUCCAUUACUGUAAAAACAAACAUUUUUGUGUUCAAGGAGCUGCUCUGCAGGAUAGGACAAGAGAAGAAUGGAAUUCCACAUAUUCCAAAAAUUGCAGAAAAGAAAAACAACCGUUAUUCCAUCCCAGAUAUGCCUGGAGAUGUGGAACAGAUGUUUCCCCGGGAAAAAGGAAACAAGAAAAUGAAAGCAAACACUGUAUCUGGUGGCAGAAACAGAAUCAGGAAAAUCUUAGACAAGACCCGGUUCAGCAUCUUGCCUCCAAAACUGUUCAGUGACGGCAGCGUGAGCCAGUCGCAGGACGACAGCAUCGUGGGCACACGGCAGUGCCGCCACAGCCUGGCCAUCAUGCCCAUCCCAGGGACGCUCUCCUCCAGCAGCCCUGACCUGCUCCAGCCCACAACCAGCAUCCUGGACUUCUCUAACCCCUCAGCUGUUGGGUUUUACUAUAUCCCGGAUCAGGUGAUAAGAGUUUUCAAAGCGGAUCAGCAGAGCUGUUACAUCAUCAUCAGCAAAGACACCACAGCCAAGGAGGUGGUGAGCCACGCUGUGCACGAGUUCAACCUGACAGGGGCCCCUGACACCUACUCCCUGUGUGAGGUGUCCGUCAGCCCCGAGGGCGUCAUCAAACAGCGGCGCCUCCCGGAUCAGUUCUCCAAGUUGGCCGACAGGAUCCAGCUCAACGGAAGGUAUUAUCUAAAAAACAACAUGGAGACAGAGACCUUAUGCUCAGACGAGGAUGCUCAGGAGCUGCUCCGGGAGAGCCAAAUUUCCCUGCUCCAGCUGAGCACCAUCGAGGUGGCCACCCAGCUCUCCAUGAGGGACUUCGAGCUGUUCCGCAACAUCGAGCCCACGGAGUACAUCGAUGACCUCUACAAGCUGGACUCCAAAACAGGGAACGCUCACCUGAAACAGUUCGAGGAUGUCAUAAACCAAGAGACCUUCUGGGUUGCCAUGGAAAUUUUAGCAGAGCCCAACCAGCUGAAAAGAAUGAAGAUUAUUAAGCAUUUCAUUAAAAUCGCUCUCCACUGUCGGGAAUGCAAGAACUUCAAUUCCAUGUUCGCGGUUAUAAGUGGGUUAAAUCUUGCACCAGUAGCUCGGCUCAGAGGCACUUGGGAAAAGUUACCCAGCAAGUAUGAAAAGCACCUCAGAGACCUUCAAGAUCUUUUUGAUCCCUCUCGAAACAUGGCAAAAUACCGCAACAUCCUGAGCAGCCAGAGCAUGCAGCCUCCAAUUAUCCCACUUUUCCCUGUUGUCAAGAAGGAUAUCACGUUCCUGCAUGAAGGCAACGAUUCCAAAGUGGAUGGCCUGGUGAACUUCGAGAAGCUGCGGAUGAUUGCCAAGGAAAUCCGGCAAGUUGUCCGAAUGACCUCGGCAAACAUGGAUCCAGCCGUGAUGUUCAGGCAAAGGAAGAAGAGGUGGAGAAGUUUGGGGUCUCUGAGCCAGGGCAGCACGAACUCCAACAUGCUGGAUGUGCAGGGAGGUGCCCACAAGAAGCGUGCCCGCCGCAGCUCGCUGCUCAACGCCAAGAAGCUCUACGAGGACGCGCAGAUGGCCAGGAAGGUGAAGCAGUACCUGUCCAACCUCAACGUGGAGACAGACGAGGAGAAGAUCCAGAUAUUGUCACUCCAGUGUGAGCCUGCCUACAGCACUUUGACAAAGAAUUUAAGUGAGAGAAGAGGAGGGAAAUCCUCCGAAAUGUCUCCAGUGCCCAUGAGGUCAAUUGGCCAAACCACGAAAGCCCAUCAGCAUCAACAGAACAGAAUGAGUCAAGUUCUUCAGGUGCCAACUGUGAAUUUGUACCCCAGCAGGAAAAAGGGGCUGACGAAGGAUCACGUCACAUUCAGUACAGGCUCCCCACAGAAGUCAUUAAGCUUGUCUGAGGAAGUAAGUAGUAAGAAACAAACAGAUGACACCAUGUCCAUGGCAUCUUCUUUGCACUCCAGCCCUCCUGCUUCUCCUCAGGGCUCCCCACGCAAAGUUGGCAACACACAGAGGUCAGAUAACUGCAGUCAGAUGAAUCUCUCUGGCUCUUCCUCCUCACUGGCCAGCGAGACCAGCAACAAGACCAGUGGCCAGCGCAGCUAUGGAAUAGGCUACGCCCUCAUCCCUUCCACUAAAUCCGACAACUUCUCCGACUCCAGUCACAGCGAGAUCUCGUCCCGCUCCAGCAUCGUGAGCAACUGCUCCGUGGAUUCCAUGUCAGCAGCACUGCAGGACGAGAGGGGCUUGUCCCAGUCCCUCAUCGUGGUGGAUUCCAGCGGGGCAGAGAGGAAGGAGCAUCCCCAGCCGCUGGUGGAUUAUGGCCAGCCCUGCCCAGGCUGGUCGAUCACUAGGCCUGCCCUGAUCAGAGGGAUGGCUUUCACCUCCUCCAUGAGCAGCGAGGAGAUCUCCCACGAGCACAUCACGGUGGAGGCAGCCGACAGCGGCCGGGGCAGCUGGACUUCGUGCUCCAGUAGUUCUCAUGACAACUUCCAGAACAUCCCCAACCAGAAGAGCUGGGAUCUCCUCAACUCCUACCGUCACACCCAGCUGGACGGACCUAUAGCUGAAGUGGAUCCCACAAACUGUUACUCCGAGGAGGGUUAUUUGUAUUCCGAAGCCUUUUCCAAAGCCAACAGGCAGUCGAAAGCCAGUGUGGAGCUCGAUCAGUCCCGGCAGAGCUGGGCCUCCUCCAGCUCCCUGUCAGACACCUACGAGACAAACUAUGGGACAAUUAAGCGCAGGGGGCUGGAGAACUCCACGGCCGAGCAGACGGAGGUUUUGGACUCUAAGCCAGGCGCUGAUACAACUUACAAAACUGUUACUUCCAGUACAGAAAAAGGCCUGAUAGUGUACUGUGUCACCUCACCUAAGAAGGACGAUAGGUAUAGGGAGCCACCGCCCACCCCUCCGGGAUAUAUGGGGAUUUCUUUAGCGGACAUAAAGGAAGGAUCGCCCCACCACCCACACCUCAAACCUCCAGACUAUAGUGUGGCAGUGCAGAGGUCAAAGAUGCUGCACAGUGACCUCUCUAGACUUCCAGCAGCUCCUCUGGGUGGUGACUGUCUCUCCUCGAGGAUGCCCCAGUGGCACGGCCGGCAGCCGUCCAGCCCCAAACUAGCAGAUAUGCCUGACGCAGAUAGUGAAGAGGAUGAAGAUGAACAAGUAUCAGCAGUUUAAGCAUUGGGCUGUUUGUGUGAACCACUCUCAGCCCGAGGGAUGUGGGGACAAGGACCUCGUGGUUCUGUUAGCGACCGCUAACGACUUGCUGCUACUGACCUCAGACCUUUGCCCCUGUCCUGGACGAGAUGGAACGGGUUGGAUUCUCCUCUCUACGCCCUCCUUCACUCUGCCACCCCCUAAGCAAGCUCCUUCUGCCUGGGAGAUAGAAAGUCACAUUCCAGGAGUGUGCUGACUGCCCGGAUACCAGCACUGGUACCCAGAGAUGGACUGAGCUUGGUGCAUGGGGAGGACCAGUUGUCACCACCACUUGAAACUCAAAAGCAUUCUUCUGUAUGAUACCAUGUAAUCCUUUGGUAGUUUUCCAUUGUCCUUAUUUUCUACAUGACCAUUAGAAAUCUGAGAGUGUUAUUUUAUGAACUUCGAAAAAAAAAAAAUUAUAUCAAAAUGUCAGCAAAAGCAAAGGACAUUGCUGAAGUAUCUGAAAAUAAUUUAUUAAUUUAAAUUUUUUUUUAAAUGGGAAUUUCCUUUUAUUUGUGUUGGGAGUGCUCUGGUUGGCUAAUAUAAAUGUUUAGUCAAUGUGACGGUAAAUUAGCUACACAUCCACUGUUGUGCUCUCAAAAUAAACACAGAAAACUACAAGUGGGCCAUUACCAGGUGCAGAAAUCCAUGGAUUUUAGAGUGGGUUUAGAUUUAAUAUAAAUGGAGCCCAAAGCCCUGCAGAGCAGUGGGUGUCAGGCCCUGCUCCCCUCCCACGUGGACCCAGCAGAAACCUCCUGCCCUCCAAGGAUUUCUGGAAUUAUUGUGGCUGCCAGCCAACUAAGGCAACAGUUGGUGCUCUCCUCCCCUGUUCAGGAACCUUUGCAAUGUGGAAGCUCUUGGGGAGCAUUUUGGGGGGGUCUGAAGCUUUCCCAAAAGAGCUUUAACCAGGUUUUGCCCUGCGGAGUUCAACAUGCAAAACAUGUUCUAAAAACCAGAACUCAGCCGUGUGUUGUGGGUUUUUUAAGAUCAUCCCACACGUCCUGGCCUUUUCCCAGAGUUGCACAGGAUUUAGGUGCAAAGGUUAUCUUUGGAAAAAAAAAAAAGAAUUAUAAAUCACCUACAUUUCACAGUAAAAUUUGUGAAACUGAAUAUUAAAUGGCAUAAUGCUUAAAUAAGAGCAUAAUGCAUUUUAUGAUGGGUUAAAAAACCCUGUGGUUUUUUAAAUACAGAUGAUCUCAAACCAUUUUAUUUUAAAUCCUAGUUAAAAAUCCUGGUGGUGUUGAUGUCAAUGAGAGUUUGACUUACAGCCAGCCAGUAUUAACCCAUGAUCCUCUAGUUUGACUAUGGUCAAAAAAAUUGCUUCUUUGAUUUUGCUUUUAGCCAGCCAGAGCUCAGAGGGGUAGAACUGGAAAUACCUGCAGGUUCUUUUCCUUCUUUCUCUUUUUUUUUUUCCUUUCUUUUUUCUUUCUUUCUUUUUUUUAAUUUCUUUUUUCUUUCUUUUUUUCUUUCUUUUUUUCCUUUCUUUUUCCUUUCUUUUUCCUUUCUUUUUCCUUUCUCUCUCUUUCUUUCUGCACAUGACACCCCAUUCUAGUGUUAAAAUCAGACAUGAAUGUGUGAAUAUGUAUUUAAACAUUUAAUUGUAAAUCUUUGUUGUGAUGUUUACAGCCUAAGCUAGAAAGAUGAUGUUUGUCAUUUUUACAGUGCCUCAAAACUGAUUUCUAUAUCCAUAGUCGUGAAGAGCUUUAAGGGUUUUUUUCUUUUACCUGUAUGUGUGCAGGGGUGCAAGGUGAAUGCAACACUUUUGGAAAAUGCCACAAGUACCAAAAACAACCCAAAGCCUUUGAUGUGCUUUCCCCAUAGCAGCUUGGGGCUGGUGCAGCCAGGUGGGUGUGUGUGACCCAGCCUGUGUGUGCACUGGGAGCAGUGCCAGGUCCAACGUCACCUGGAAUGUCCCUGUACGGAUCGGAAUUGGGGAGGUGUUAAUGAACAGUGAUGCUGAGGAGGGGAUGCCUAAUUUAGAGCUGAUUGGUUGGCUGUAUGACUUUUUGGCACAAGUAUCCGAGAAGCAAAUGGUUGGAAAAAAUGUAUUAAAGUCCACUUGAGGUAUAGCAUAAUAAAUGCAUUUUGCUUUUUCGGGGCCUUAAUGAAUAUAAUGAACCUGCCCAGGCCUUAAUGACUAAAGAUUAAUGCAAGUGUCAAAGCAAAGCAGGGCAGAGCAAGUGUUUCCAGCACAUGGAAUAUUGAUAAUAGAGCUGUUAAACUGCUGUUUCUGUGGGAUGUAAAUCCAGGUCUGAGCCAUCCCACUGUCAGCACAUGGAAACGACAGGCUGCGUGUUCCGCCAGGAAAUGGGCUGCGUUGUGCCAGGUAAAUCAAACCACACGGUUCCACGGCCUCCAGGGGGGUGAGCUGAGCUGAUUUCAGCCUGUUGAACAAAAGUAUAAGGGGUGAGGGCUACUAGAGUGGCUUCCUUUUCCCCCAGAACCCAAUAGUGCUGCCUUUGAGGACACAGGGAAGCCCCUUGGGGGAGCGGGGUCGGGGUCUCCUCUGGCAGUCAGCAAGAGCAGCUGAAUAAAUCACCCAUCCAGACGUGGUGUUUGCACAUCAACAGCCUCACUCUGUUCCACAGGGCUUGGCAGCACACUGAAAAGUUCUGAAAUGAGUUGAAAGUCUUGCUAAUCAUAUUUUCCUAAUAGCCAAUACAGCUGGUGUACAUAAAUCAUGCAUAAACCAUGGACAGAUGAGCUACUCCUGCUCCUCCUGCCUUGCACAGUGUGGCUUCUCUGCUGCUCCUUGCUGGGCUUUCUGUUUGUUUGUUUGUUUUUACCUCGACCGAUCACAUUGAUCAGGGCCGAGAGCCAAAUGUACCAAAUGUAGUGUGUCUGCUGUGGCUUUGAAGAGACACUAUCCCUUUUUUUGGUGAUUCAGACAGACUUAAAGUGGUGGUUAGUGCCUGCUGUGCACUGCCUUUACCCCAGUGGUGUCUUUGGGUCACAGACCCUGCCAUGGUCCCUCUGCCAGGUUCCUCUAGCUCGGGCUCUGGGGGUGGUGAACAGUUCAGGUGCCUCACGUCGUGUUCUUCCACUGCCAUCCCUGGGUUUGCUCCCUUCCUGCUCGUUGUUUGCUCUUGACCUGUGGGUGAAAGAUGUGUUUCAGAUUCCUGUGAUUUAAGCACACGUUAUUUCGUUGUAAAAAACUUCCAGCUGACUCCUGAGAAAGCAGUGUGGUUCAGUAGAACUGAUUUGGCCUCUCCAGUUACAAAAAAAUGGGUAAAAUGAGAUCACUGAGCCUCUGAGCACCAGGUUCAUCUCCCAGAUACACAGAAGAAUGAAGAGGCAAUGACUGUGGAUGUUUGCAGUUCACAUUUUUACAGUGUGGACAAAUUUUGGGUGCUUGCCAACAGUGGCUCCUUAUUUUUGCCUUGGCUCAGAUAAGGAGUUGUAGAAGGAGCCUCACCUUGAGUCCUGUGUGCAGUUUUGGGCACUACAAUAUAAAAAAGACAUUAAGCUGUGAGAGAGCACCCAAAGGAGGCCAUGAGGAUGGUGAAGGGUCUGCAGGGGCUCUGUGAGGAGCAGCUGAGGGCACUUGGUUUCUUCAGCUGGAGGAGACCGAGGGGACACCUCUUUGGGGUCUUCAGCAUCCUCCUGAGGGGCAGGUACAGAUCUCUUGGCUCCCAAGAGCAGUGACAGGGCUGGAGGGAACGGCUGGAGCUGAGUCAGGGCAGGGGUAGGUUAGAGAUCAGGAAAAGGUCUGUCACCUACAGGGUGGCUGGGCACAGAACAGGCUCCCCAGGGCAGUGGGCACAGCACAAGCCUGGCAGAGCUCCAGGAGCGUUUGAACAACACUCAGGCACAGGGUGUGACUUUUGGGGUGUCCUGGGCAGGGCCAGGGGUUGGGCUCAGUCCUGGUGGGGGCCUUCCAGCUCAGCAGGUUCUUUCUGUGGUCCAGGGUGAGUGAUGGCUCAGUGGGAGCUGCUCAGAGCUGGGAUGGGGUGUGCUGGGGCUGCUGGCACUGCCAGGGGCACAGGGUGUCCCCAGGGCUGGACCUGCCAGCAGUGCCACUUCCAGAGGAGCCUGUGGGGCAUCGGGGGUUGCGAAACCUCUUUCAUCACCUCCCACGUAAUUUUAUUGCAGACAACAGUGGAAAUACGACCCUGUCAUUCAAGUUUUUAUAAAACAGUAGAAUUUUUAAAGGAUGAACUUACCACUGCCUUUGCAAAAAGACAAGAAAAAAGGGAUACUUUCUCUUUAGAAAAGCUUUACACAUUAUAUUUUAGAGCGCUUGUAUAGAGGGUAAUCUUACCUUGAAUUCCCAACCCAGCUUUUGCUUUUGUUGUGCUUUUGUUUUACCUUUAUUUUUGAUAUACCUGGAAUGCAGUUUAGCUUGGUAUUAAUUAAAUUCUAAAUAUGUGAGCAUAUUGGCAAAACUGCACAGAUGUAAUGAUAUUCCAAUAGCAAUUGUACUGCACAAGUCAGUGAUUGUAAAGUAUUCUGUAACAAGCAAUGUUUGUCUCCUAUUUUUUGAUACCUCUUACACUUAUGUCUUUUAGAAAGACAGUGCCUCUGUAUGCUUUUUGUAUUUUUACUGAGUGAUUGUAAAUAUUUGUUAUAUUUUUGGUUAAGAGAAUGUUUAAAAGUACUGUUUAUUAUCCAAUCUAUUAAUAUGUUGGAAUCAAUAAACAAUCUACAUAUAUUAA